ACGCUGCGGUCGCUGGUCAAGAUCGCGUCCCCCGACGCGCUCUACUUCUGGGCCGCCAUGGUCUUCGCCGUGCUCGCCGCCUUGUCGACGUCGGCCAUCUCGCUCUGGACGGGCGACGCGCUCGACGCGCUCAUCAAGUCCGGCGACGGGAAGCGGUUCAAGGCGCAGGUCGCGGAGCUCGCGGUCAUCGCGGCCGCGGGCGCCGUCUGCACGGGCUGCCGCGGGGGCCUGUUUUCCUUCAUCGGCGUGCGCAUCAACGUCCGGAUCCGCGACGCCCUCUUCCGCCACCUGCUGACGCUCGAAUUGGCGUACUACGACGAAACCCCCACGGGCGACCUGAACUCGCGGCUCUCGAGCGACACGUCCAAGGUCGGCGACCAGGUGUCGCUCAACGUCAACGUCUUCGCGCGGACGGCCGUGCAGCUCGUGACGACGCUGGCCUUCAUGUGGCACACGUCGCCGGAGCUGACCUUGGUCGCGUGCUGCUCCGUGCCCGUGAUCGGCGUCGCGACGAAGCGCUACGGCGCGCUCGUCUGGGCGCUGUCGAAGCGCAUGCAGAACGAGCUCGCGGGGGCCAUGCGCGUCGCCGAGGAGGCCUUCAGCUCCAUGGCGACGGUGCGGUCCAUGGCCGCGGAGCCGUCCGUCGCGGCGGAUUUCGGCGCCGCGCUCGAGAAGUACCGCCAGGUCGGCGUCCUGCAGGCGUGCGCCUACUCCUGCUGGCAGUCCUUCAACACGGCGCUGCCGACGCUGAUGACCUGUUUGUUGCUGUUCUACGGCGGGCGUUUGGUGGACAAGGGCGAGCUCCGGUCCGGCCGUCUGGUCGCGUUCAUGCUGCUGACGCAGUCGCUCGCGGACAGCUUCAACACGCUCGCGGACAUGUUCUCGAACAUCGCCGACGCGCUGGGCGCCGCGGACAAGGUCUUCGUCUUGUUGGACCGGAAGCCCGGCGCGGACGCGCCGCCGGCGCCGCUGUCGAAGAAGCUCGCGGACGCGCAUUGCGCGGGCGAGGUGCGCUUCGAGGACGUCCACUUCACGUACCCGGCGCGGCCCGACGCGCCCGUGCUGCGCGGCGUGUCCUUCGCCUGCGCGCCGGGGUCCGUCGUCGCGCUCGUGGGGCCGUCGGGGUCCGGCAAGUCGAGCUGCCUCGCGCUGCUCCAGCACUUCUACGCGCCGACGCGGGGCCGCGUGCUCCUCGACGGCGACGACGUCGGCAGCCGCGACCACGCCUGGCUCCACACGAAGGUCGCCAUGGUCGGCCAGGAGCCCGUGCUCUUCGCGCGGUCCAUCGAGAAGAACGUCAUCUACGGCCUCGAGGGCACGGCCCUCGAGCCCGACGCGGCCAAGGUCGACGCCUGUCUGCUCGCGGCGAACGCGAAGCCCUUCGUCGACGCGCUGCCCGACGGCAGGGAGACGGACGUCGGCGAGCGCGGCGCGGCGCUCUCGGGCGGCCAGAAGCAGCGCAUCGCCAUCGCGCGCGCGCUCGCGCGCGACCCUGCGGUGCUCCUCCUCGACGAGGCGACGUCGGCCCUCGACGCCGAGAGCGAGCGCGCCGUGCAGGACGCGCUCGACGCGCUCAUCAAGGAGUGCAACAUCACGGUCAUGGUCGUCGCGCACCGGCUCUCGACGGUCCGCGACGCGGACACUAUUUGUGUGAUGAAGCGCGGCGUGCUCGUCGAGGAGGGCUCCCACGACGAGCUCUUCGCGCGCGACGGCGGCGUCUACGCGGACCUCGUGCGCCGCCAGGCGAACAUCUCCAAGGAGGACUCCCGGUCGCUGCUGAGCACCGCGGGCUCCGAGUCGUCCCUCCCGAGCGCCGCCGCGGGGGCGAACUGA